AUGUCGCGCGAGCAGGGAAAGUCGGCGAACAUCCUGAAAGUGUCGUGGGACCGGCAGGAGCCUCCAAUUGCAGAAGUAGCCGGUUUCGCCAGUGUCAAAGUCGGAAGAGAAAGCCUUGAAGAACUUUGGUUCCGCCCGGUAAAUGCCGAAACGUCGCAGGUCGCUCUGUUCCGUGGUUCUUACGAUGACUUCCCAGAACCCGUUAUGGGCUUGCACUCCUCGGAAAUUCUCAAGUCCAGCCAUUACUAUCUCUUCGCUCUUCCCGUUGUAACGCAUGGUGGACUUCUCCAUGCUGUCUCUACCCUCCGACCCCCAAUCGUCGCUCUCUGGUCUGCUAGCUCCAUCGCAGAGGCUCGUCUCACCAGCGCGCUGCUGGAGCGCUCGACCAGGCUGGAUGGACGAUAUAAUCACUAA